GCAAGGGGGUUCUGAUGGGCGCCUCCUUGAACUCCACCCCUUCGAUUUCAGUUUCCUGGAAGGGAACCCAACAGCUUGUGAGGGUUCUUAUGGACUCGGGCGCUGACGCCAGUUUAAUGUGCUCUACCCUGGUCAACCAACUCAAGAUUCCCACGUCACUUCUGGCCACGGCCCUCCAGACCAACGCCCUCAAUGGCACCCCUCUGGCGGAAGUCGAACAACAUCACCUCUCCUGUGGGGAACCUGGUCUCGGUGAUCAGAGGAGCAAAAAGGUAAAGGACAGAGAAUAGAGGGAGCGGUUAAGGACUGAGAAUAGAGGGAGAGAGAGGCUGAAGAUGCUGUGGCUUCUACGUGGAGUGAGGCUGCGCUACUGGCUCACCUUGGCCACAGGACUGGUGGAGUGCCUGUUUUUCACUGGGGUCAUUUAUGGGUGGGCCUCCGUGGUGUUUAUCCUGAAAGACAGUGGAUACUUCAGUGACCAGUGUGUGGAUGCCACAGGACCCAAUGGCACACAGUACAUGGACUGUAGCAAACAGGACGAGCUCUUCUCCCUGGUUUUCACUAUUGCCGCCUUCUUACAGAGUGGCCUCAGUCUUCUCAAUGGAUUCUUCUUUGACCACUUCGGUACCAUGGCAUCCAGACUGCUGGCAAUAAUACUGUACACCACUGGCACCUUGCUGAUUGCUUUUUCACAUCCAGAGAUAUCCAAUAUACUGUUUCCGGGUCUGGCCUUCAUCGCAGUUGGAAGUGACAUGCUAUUGCUCACAAACAUGCAGGUGGGGAACCUCUUUGACACCCAUCGUUCCACCGUCAUCACCUUGUAUUCUGGAGCCAACAGCUCCUCUCCCAUAAGCUUCCUCAUAAUCAAGGUGGCAUCUGAAAGAGGGAUCUCUCUGCACCAUGCUUUUUUCUUCUUGUCGGCAUGCAGCAUAAUCCACCUCAUGAGAACCUUCAUCCUCAUGCCAAAGAUGCACAUCCCCUACCCCCUCCCUGAGGGCUACACUUAUGGGACAGACCAAAGCUGUGGACAGACCAAAUGCAACACCUGUUGUUUCCCAAGACAAACAAGAGACAACACAGAGCCUGUGCAGGGAGUGGAAGGGAUAGAGAACGCAACAUCUGAACAAGGAAACCCCCAGCAGACCCCACAGACAGACAGUUUUAAGCAGUGUGUGCUCAGCUGGUUUUUUCUGUGGCACCUGGUGUGGGUGUCUGUCACGGCUCUGCAAAUCAACCUGUUCAUUAGCACCCUGAACCCCAUGCUGACCCAGCUGGCUCACGGAGACACAGCCCAAGUGAGCCACUACACCAACGCCUUCGCCUACACACAGUUAUGUGGGAUACUGUGCUCCAUCUGGAAUGGCCUGAUCAUUGACAGAUACAAGGGCACGCAACGGGCUGAAGGAGAGACGGAGGAGGAGAGUAACCUGCGCUCUGUGGUGCUCUCUCUCUUCCUCACUGCCCUGCAGUGCCUCUUAUUCUCCAUCUGCGCCACCAUACCUGUGCUCCCGCUGCAGUACCUGACUUUCGUCCUGCAAGUGGUCAACCGUGCCUUCUUGUUUGGAGGGAAUGCAGCCUUCAUCAGCAUUGCUUUUCCAGUCUGCCACUUUGGUAAGCUGAAAGGUGUGGUUAAUGCUACAGUGACUGUGUUGAUGCUCCUGCUAUUCCCCUGCAUCACCCUGGUGAAUGAGGUGUUGGAUGGAGACUCCUUAUACAUAAACAUAGCCCUGUGCAUCCUGUGCCUGGCCGCAUUCAUUCACCCGGCCUGUAGCUAUAUCCGCUGGCGCAGAUUGGCCAAUCAGAGAAGACGCUCAGCCAGGCACCUCCCAAUUAUGAGAAGGCCUUCUCUGGAGACAAUGAAGACCAACCCCAGGAUGUCCCAGGCUCCUCUUAGACAUCCCCAAAAGGGACACUCACAAUAUCCCCUCUCCUUUCCCCAACCCACUGGUUCAUGACAAUGGUGGCUAUGUCAGGAUUUUUUGGGGAGGGUUCAGGCUUGGUCUUGGCUUCUUCUUUCCUGUUUCUGUAAAGAGCAUCUCAUCAAAAACUGCAUUCAUGAAUACAAUUGACACAUUGAAUGU